GCGCUUACCCGGAAAUAGUUGUGUCGACCCAGAUGUCUUACAUCCUGACUAUUUGAUAACAAACGCGACAUUAUCUUCUUCGAACAAAACAACCAUGUAAAAUAGUACAAUACUCACGUCGCAAGCGUGCUUUGCGUGACUACGCAGAAACUAAGCGUCUAUUUGGGGAGAAAUUGAGGAAAGAAAACAAUAAGUACGUCUUUUUCCUUCUUGCUUUUUUUUUAAUCGAUGGACAUUUUGUUUUCUUUUGCGCCGCACGCACCGUUAUCGUUUUCCACUCCAUCGCUACAGCAAUUGGGCAUGGACACUUAACGUGUUUGCAUUACAAAUACGUCUAUCUAAAGAGCGUGCCUCGGGCGGGGGGAAUUGUAACCUUCGGGCCUUGUGCUGUACCAGUAUACGUUGUUAAAAAAAAAAGCUCACAACAAUGAGCUUCUUCAGUUUCGGACAAAGUGCGGAGAUCGACGUGGUGCUCAACGACGCCGAGACGAGGAAGAAAGCAGAGCACAAGACGGAGGAUGGCAAGAAGGACAAGUAUUUCCUCUUCUACGACGGAGAGACCGUCAGCGGCAGAGUCAACGUCACACUCAAGAGCCCCGGAAAGAGGCUGGAGCACCAGGGCAUCAAGAUUGAAUUUGUCGGACAGAUUGAGCUGUAUUACGACAGAGGGAACCACCACGAGUUUGUGUCCCUGGUAAAAGACUUGGCGAGGCCCGGUGAGAUGACCCAGUCGCAGACGUUUGACUUUGAGUUCACUCAUGUGGAAAAGCCGUACGAGUCCUACACGGGCCAGAAUGUCAAACUCAGGUUGCGAGCGAUAUUCAAAUUGUGUGCGUUUUUAGGCGAGUCCAUCCCCAUCCGGCUUUUCCUGGCUGGCUAUGACCUGACUCCCACGAUGCGAGACAUCAACAAGAAGUUCUCGGUGCGCUACUACCUAAAUCUGGUGCUGAUCGACGAGGAGGAGAGACGCUACUUUAAACAGCAGGAAAUUACACUAUGGCGGAAAGGCGACGUGGUGAGGAAGAGCAUGUCCCACCAGGCCGCCAUCGCCUCCCAGCGCUACGAGGGCUCGGCUGCCUCGGAGAGUGCAUUGGAGCAGUGUGCCAAGGAGGACAACGGAUAUGAGCCUCGCCUUCGACUGGACCGGGGGUCUCCGUGAGGCCAUGUCCGCCAUUCCCAGGGAAGAGGAUUAAGGGAGACUGGACUAGAUUUAUCCCUCCUUGCUUUGUUGUUUUUUUGUUUCUUGACGGAAAUCAAAGUAAAUCAGCGAUUAUAAUUCCUGGGACUUUCACGCUAACGCCAUUCAGUGUGUACUUAAUGGUUUAAUGGCAACUAAUUUAGAACUUUGAACAAGCAACAUUCCAGUUAUGAAGAACUCCGAAAUGUGAAAUGCACGCAGGUGUUGUCCAAGGAGUGUGGAUGUGUAAAUAAGAGCGGUUCAAGUCAGCAUUCCGGCAGUAUUAAUUGCCUGCCACAUCCUAGUGUUUAGUUUGGUUAGACACAUGCAAGUGUCUUCCUGCCUCUAAACAUGAUUUUAUGUCUUUUAAAGCAGAGAAGAGUGAAGUUAGAGCUAUUUAGAUCUUUUUGCAAAGCGCUUAUGACUGAUUCAUUGUGCCCAAAUUGUCAAAUAAACUGAUGCCAAAUG